GAGACCAGACAACUGAAAUUAUAUAUAACCUGUGGCCUUUUCACGGCGUUGAGUACAACUGCAGUCAUCCUGCGAUUCGUCUCACGACGCCUCGUCCGUAUAAAAUGGCAUCGCGACGACACACUCAUGCUCCUAAGCUGGAUAUCUUUCAUAGCAUAUGCAUGCACAACGAUCGCCGAUGUGCGAUUCGGUGGGGUCGGGCUACACCAGGCGCGCAUAGUCCAAAACGAGCCAGGAAUGCUACAGUUCUGGGCUAAAUACCUCCUGGCCUUGGUAUAUCUCUACCUCAUAUGCGUCGUACUCCCCAAACUCGCGAUUCUAAGCAUGUACCUCUCCAUCUUCGGGGCUUGCCGUGUGUUUCAGAUCAUAUGCUAUGUCACUGGAGCGAUGGUCAUUGCGAACUUUCUCGCUGCAGCUGGGGCGGGGUUUGCGAUUUGUACUCCGCUGAACUAUCUUUGGGAUAAGACGAUCGAUGGCCACUUCAUUGAUAUCAAUGCUUGGUUUCGGUGGGCGCGUCUUGUCAAUGUCUUGUCCGACGGUGUUUUGUUGAUAUUGCCGAUUUUGUAUAUUGUGCGGCUUCAGAUGGAGGUGCGAGUGAAGUUGGGGCUUCUGGUUACCUUUUUCAUAGGCGGGCUGGGACUCCUUGCAACCAUCUUGACAAUAACCGCGAUUUCAAACACCGACGCUAUCAACGACAACACAUGGACCGGCGCAGAGAUUAUGUUUUGGAGUGUCGUCGAAACGGGAACGUAUGUCGUCGCCCCAUGUCUGGUGUGUUAUAAGCCCCUCGUCAAAGCCGUCUGG